AGCCGCAGCCCGGGCAGCAGCCCGCGUCCGCGGAGAGCACCCAGUUGCAGCCGGAGCCGGAGCCGGAGCCCGAGCCCGAGCCCGAGCCCGAGCCGCAGCCGCGAUGGCCGUGGCCGUGGGGAGACCGUCUAAUGAAGAGCUUCGAAACCUGUCCCUUUCUGGACAUGUUGGAUUUGACAGUCUCCCUGACCAGCUGGUCAAUAAGUCUACUUCUCAAGGAUUCUGUUUCAACAUCCUGUGUGUUGGUGAGACAGGCAUCGGCAAAUCCACGUUAAUGGACACUUUAUUCAACACGAAAUUUGAAAGUGACCCAGCUACUCACAAUGAACCAGGUGUCCGGUUAAAAGCCAGAAGUUAUGAGCUUCAGGAAAGCAAUGUACGGCUGAAGUUAACCAUCGUUGACACUGUGGGAUUUGGAGACCAGAUAAAUAAAGAUGACAGCUAUAAGCCAAUAGUGGAAUAUAUCGAUGCCCAAUUUGAGGCCUACCUGCAAGAGGAAUUGAAGAUCAAACGUUCUCUCUUCAACUACCAUGACACCAGGAUCCAUGCAUGCCUCUACUUCAUUGCCCCCACCGGCCAUUCCCUGAAGUCUCUGGACCUAGUCACCAUGAAAAAGCUGGACAGCAAGGUGAACAUCAUUCCAAUAAUUGCAAAAGCUGACACUAUUGCCAAAAAUGAACUGCACAAAUUCAAGAGUAAGAUCAUGAGUGAACUAGUCAGCAAUGGAGUCCAGAUAUAUCAGUUCCCCACAGAUGAAGAAACAGUGGCAGAGAUUAACGCAACAAUGAGCGUCCAUCUCCCAUUUGCUGUGGUCGGCAGCACGGAGGAGGUGAAGAUCGGCAACAAGAUGGCAAAGGCCCGGCAGUACCCCUGGGGUGUGGUGCAGGUUGAGAAUGAAAACCAUUGUGAUUUUGUGAAACUUCGAGAGAUGCUGAUCCGUGUGAACAUGGAAGAUUUGCGAGAGCAGACUCACACCCGCCAUUAUGAACUGUAUCGGCGCUGUAAGCUCGAGGAGAUGGGGUUCAAGGACACUGACCCUGACAGUAAGCCUUUCAGUCUUCAGGAGACCUAUGAAGCGAAAAGAAAUGAAUUUCUGGGAGAACUUCAGAAGAAAGAAGAAGAAAUGAGGCAAAUGUUUGUGAUGAGAGUGAAGGAGAAAGAAGCUGAACUUAAAGAGGCAGAGAAAGAGCUCCAUGAGAAGUUUGACCUCCUGAAGCGGACACACCAGGAAGAAAAGAAGAAAGUGGAAGACAAGAAGAAGGAGCUGGAGGAGGAGGUGAACAAUUUCCAGAAGAAGAAAGCAGCAGCUCAGCUACUACAGUCCCAGGCACAGCAGUCUGGGGCCCAACAAACCAAGAAAGACAAGGAUAAGAAAAAUGCAGGGAAGAUACUACAGGUUUUUAAAGUAUUUGUAAAGGGCACACAAACAAUUUAUAAAACUCGACCCCAUGACCAAGCAAUCAGGGCUGGAGGAACCUGCUGUCUCCAGUGGUGUCUUCUGCAUCAACACUAGGACUUUGGAGAAGACGGUCUAUUUCUCUUCACUGCCCUCUGGAGACAGUCCUCAGGCCUCGUGAUGAAGGGCAUCCUAAAAUGAUGAUUGUGAAAAUUCUUCUAUUCUGCGUUGUGAGGCUUGAUAAGCCAGUCACUGCAAGUCUUGUUUCCAAAAUGGGAGAUUGGAGCAAACUACCAGUGGCCACUAGUUUUCCCCUAAAUUCCACAAGGUGGUGAAUUGUUUCAUUGUGGAAAUGGGAUCAAAACACCCUUCCAGUUAAGGCAGCCCUACCAAUCCUCAAAGCACACAAAAGAAUAUUCUAAGAUAUGGCCUCGAUUUAAUGUGCCAAAGGGUCCAAUUCUGCUCAUAAGCUAGUCGCUUCCUUCAGUACUCAACAGCGGCUGCCUGAGGGAGGCGGGGGCCUGCCCGACAUUCUCUCAUGAUUGGAAGCUCUACAGCAGAUCACCUUCAUGCCUCGAGAAUGCAGUCUUACGACCAUCGCUUCUGAUCUGACAGUAGGCUCAGAGGUCCGUACGAAACCAGAUAGUAGAGCCUCGGUGGCGGCUGCGUGACGGCCCUCCUGUGUCUGUUUAACAAGCAGUGCUCUUAGGGCAGUGAUGAGGCAGCUCAGACUGUGUUUCAGGAUCCUUCCUCUUUACCCUGAGGUGCCAAGCUUCCAGAGGAAAAACUGACGAUUAAGUGAACAGUGCAGAUAUUGAUAGGCAAAAAAUUAAAUUUUAAAAAAUAGAGCAGAUAGGGUUGGAUCUGCACAGUAGUGGAUACCCGUCACGGGGGAGUGAGCACAGUGGUGGUGUUCUCAUAUUCUUGGUGAACACAUAGACUCACCCCUGAGGAAUAUCGUUGUGUUGCCUGUAGGCAGAGGUCACAACACGGCACCAUAGUGACACCGGAGUUUUAAAUGAUACCUUACAAACUUGGACUUCCCAAGCUCUGAGACAGCAGAAAAUGUGUCAGGAGAGCCAAGAAGUAAGCAAAUUUUCUAGACAAUUAAAAGUAGUUGGUGUGGGUGUGGUGUGAUGUUCAUGGGGUUGGUACAGAUUCAAGUGAUCAAGAACUCCAAGGGCUGAAAUUUUAGUUAUGCUGGAUAAUUCUGAGCAUAACAGUUGCCUAGAUUAUAAUCCAGUUCAGAAAAGUGCUUUGUACAAUGCAUGUUGGGGGAGCUUCAGUCACUCGUGGUGACACUCCCCAGGCAACAUUGAGAGAUUAGUGAAUCCAGUAAGAUGAAAUGAAAGUCAUUUGGCAUCAUACCCUUGUUGAUCCUAACUAACCCAAGAUAAAAAUAGGGGUGUGUGUGUGUGUGUGUGUGUGUGUGUGUGUGUGUGUGUCCGUCCACAUCUAUAGGCAUGGAUGAAAUUAAAAAAAAGCUGCUGACUCAAAGCUUAGGAAAUCCAAAGUUAAGUUUUUCUUACCCUGAAGCGCUAAUGUGCAUAAAGGUACACAUUUUAGAAUUAAAGAUGUCUAUAAAAGACCAGCAAUGUUCCAAAAAUAUCCAAGGAUAUUUCCUGUCCGCUGGAUGUGCCUUUAAGCAAUACAAGUUCCAUGAGCUGAUCCGUACUGUGCCUCCACUAAACAAAGUCUAUGUAGUAACAGACUUCCCAGUGUAGGGGGGUUUCUCCUUGCCCUUUUGAGCAUUUUAGGUUCUUUUCAU